AUGGCUAUUCUAGAAAACCUAUGUGGGGCUCGAGUGUGUGACUUAGUUGAUGAGCAUGGUGCGUGGAAUAUUGAUAUCCUGCAUGAUUGGUUUCCCGUGCAUUGGAUUGACAAGCUUCGAUCUUGUGUGCCUCCGUGUGCGGGGGAAGCUCCCGACGUGUUUUAUUUUGUAGGUGCUGGUGAUGUUAAAUUUUCUGUUUGUGAAAUGUUUCGAGAAAUUGAAAGAUAUGAUAACUCAAACAUUGAUGAGGAGUGGAAGUUGAUAUGGAAGUUAGCUGUGCCGGAGAGAUGUCGAAGCUUUAUAUGGUUACUUAACAUGACAGACUCCUAA